AUGUUUCCAAGACUUUGUGAGAUCUUCGAGAACAUAGUCUGUAUCCCUAAUUUCAUUACUGUGCCGUACUACCACUCCCUUAAUAAUGCAACUUUUGCGGAAGUUUUGCUAGUUUUAUCACAAGAUCGUAAACCGUUUACUGCUAUCGUGAUUCGUUCCAAGGACUUUUCCACUUGUCGGUUGGUAUGCCAGCAAAAAAUGAGUCAGUGA